GGCGAAUCGGCGAUGCUCGGCCAGCCAUACUUAUAAGUACAUGACAUUCCGGGUCCCGCUGAUCCAAGGUCUUGCAGGUCCUUGCUCAUGAAGCAGCUCGUUAGGGAGAACUAAUGAGGGAAAAUCGUCCAGCCGGGGAAGAGGCUUCAGUUACGUUGACAUGAUGUGGUUGUGUGCCAUGAGGUGUCUGGACCAAGAAAAUAGCAGAGUAGAAACGGCCGAAUAAUCCAGCAUGCGGACAACACCCAGUAGCGUCGGUGAAUUUAGACAUUUUCGGAGACGAUCACCAUCCACAUUGUAUGUCAUAUAAUGCAACGUGGUAUUCAUCGUCACGUCCACCGUGGCGGAGAUUCGGGCCAGAGUCCAAGGAUGUGAGCGAGUGCGGUAGAAAGACACCAGGUUUGGAUAGCAUAAAGCUCGUGUCCGCAAAUGAGGAGGGCGGGAUGGAUUCGGACAUUGGCCGGCGCACGAGAUACGCCGCACAGCCACCCAGACGCGUCUUUCUGGAACCUGCAUCAAGCUUGCAUGCUGCGUUCUUCCGCCGGCAAUGGAGUCCUCAAUCGCCAAGCAGUUGGUUGACAAGAUUUACGAGAAACGCAAAGCAGCAGCGCUCGAUCUCGAAAAACAGAUUCGAGAAUGUCAGCAGCAGAACGACCAUCGCAGGAUAAGCCAGAUUAUCGACCAAUUGGUGGAAAUGUUUAGCAACACCUCAAAUGCCUUGCAUAUGCGCAAUGGCGGGCUUAUUGGAUUGGCCGGCACGGCAAUAGCUCUCGGGGUCGACGUCGCGCCGUAUAUGGAGAAGUUCGUGCAUCCGCUACUCGACUGCUUUGUCGACACGGAGAACCGCAUCCGGUACUUUUCAGCCGAAUGUCUGUACAAUAUCGCCAAGGUGUCAAAGGGGGAGGUUUUGGUGUAUUUUAACGAGAUCUUCGAUGCUUUGAGCAAGCUUGCCGCCGACUCCGAACUGUCUGUGAAGAAUGGCGCUGAACUGCUUGAUCGGCUCCUCAAAGACAUCGUUGCCGAAUCCGCCUCCGUCUAUAUACCGCUAUACCCCGAAACCGAACGGGCUCGUGACGAAGCACACGGCGUGCUUGUCCCGUACCCCGAUGGUGUGCUGCGGGGCAACGAGGAGGGCCUGCGCAAGGCGUUCUCCUUGGCCCAUUUCGUGCCCCUCCUGCGUGACCGAAUCUAUGUCGUCAGCCCAUUCACGCGAAGCUACCUCGUCUCCUGGAUCAAUGUUCUUGACUCGGUGCCUGAGCUGGAGUUCAUCGCGUACCUGCCGGAAUUCUUGGACGGCUUGUUGAAGUACCUCUCAGACCCCACUGAGGACGUCCGAGUCGCGACUGAAACAUUGCUGGCAGACUUCGUCCGGGAGAUCCGUGACGUCACCGUCGUUCGCAAACGUACAGAGGAGAAGGCAAAGUCUCUGCACGACAGCUCUUCCAUCAGGCAUUCGGAAUCUGGCGUCGAUGAGUCUCGGCUACCAGAUUUCAGCGUGGACCAGAGCGAGCGCGCGGUGUUCAUCGCGGAGAAUGACGGGAGCUCUGCAUACGGAGAUGACAUCGCACCCUUAAGAGAUGACGGGCCCAGUGAAGUUGAAUAUCGGGAUACUGGCGCUUGGAUUCCUGGCCAAGGAGUGCGAAUCGACUAUGAUGCUAUUAUUGAGAUCUUGAUACAACAACUGGAUGGUGAACACGACGAAAUUCAGCAAUCUACAGCGCUGCGAUGGCUUGCUGAAUUCCUGACCUUCACAAGCGAAGUCAUGGUCCCGUUCACACCCCGACUCAUCCCUGCCAUCCUGCCGAAUCUUGCCCAUCAUGUGGCAAUGAUUCAGUCCGCUGCCCUGCAGACCAAUAAACUCUUGCUGAACGUUAUACAAGCCUUGCCGUCUCCCUCGGACCCUGCCCCCCGGCCAACAGCCACUGCCGUGCCCCGUCUUCCCGGAUCGCCAACACCCACAGGAACCUCCUCUCCAUCCAAACAGUCAUCGGUCGAUGUCGAUCUCCCGGCGGAUCACCCGACGAUCGUUCCCGUCAGGUCCCGAACCAAUCUCUCCGGCGUCGAUCAGCCUCGUUUGUCGGACAUGGGGCCACCUCCUUUGCCCAACGCGGGGACCACGAGUCGACCCCACUCUCCAGUUUCGUUCACGAGCCAAACGGGUCAGAACAGCAUCAACAUCCCGUAUGCAGCAUCGCCUGAGGAGGCGGAUCCGUUCGACUACCAGGCGACGGUAAAUGAGCUGACGAUCCAGUUCCUGAGCGAGUUUGAGGAGACGCGUGUUGCUGCGCUCAAGUGGUUGAUCAUGCUUCAUCAGAAGGCUCCGAGGAAGAUUCUUGCUAUGGACGACGGGACAUUCCCGGCGUUACUAAAGACCCUCUCAGAUAGCUCCGAAGAGGUCAUCAAACAUGAUCUGCAGCUGCUGGCUCAAAUCUCGUCCAGCUCUGAAGAGACCUACUUCAAAGCAUUCAUGAUGAAUCUGCUGGAGCUAUUCAGCACGGACCGGAGGCUGCUCGAGACCCGGGGCAGUCUGAUCAUUCGACAACUCUGUUUGAAUCUGAACACGGAGCGGAUCUAUCGGACGUUUGCAGAGAUAUUGGAGAAGGAGGAGGACCUUGAGUUUGCGAGCGUCAUCGUGCAGAAGCUGAAUCUUAUACUGAUUACAUCACCCGAAUUGUCCGAUUUCCGUAAACGACUGAAGAGUCUGGAGACUAGGCAAGACGGACAGGCGCUGUUUACCACACUGUACCGUUCUUGGUGCCACAACGCCGUCUCUGUCUUUUCACUCUGUCUUUUGGCGCAGGCCUAUGAGCAUGCCUCGAAUCUGUUAUCUAUUUUUGCUGAUCUCGAGAUCACCGUUCCAAUGCUUGUGCAAGUGGAUAAACUCGUCCAGCUGAUAGAGUCGCCGGUUUUUACAUAUAUCCGCCUGCAGCUGCUAGAGCCCGAACGCUAUCCUUAUCUCUUCAAGUGCCUGUACGGCCUGUUGAUGCUCUUGCCGCAGAGUUCUGCGUUUGUUUCCCUUCGCAAUCGGCUGAAUGCGGUCAAUUCAGCUGGGUUCCUUCACAUUGCACCAAAGUCGACGAUGUCAGCCAUAGCCUCGCGCUCGAAAAUCGGCGGGCGGGACGAAAUCAAGUGGCAGGAGUUGUUGCUGCACUUCCGGUCUGUGCAGUCGCGACACGAGAAGGCGCGGCGGCAAGCGAUGGGCGCCGACACCUCCAUGUUCUCCUCCACGCUCUCAGACUCGGAGAAAACCGACCGCGAAGAGCGCGUGGGCCGGUCGACGAGUGCGCGGCCUGGCACACGCCGGCGGGUGACUGGUGAGAUUGGGUCCUCGCCGAUGCCAGGACCGGGACCAGGAACGGGAUCAGCGCCCACGACGAGAGGCCCGGGUGCGCUUUCGCCGUUGAACCCACGGGCGAGAGGGUCGAUUGUUGGGAGCGGGAUUUUGUCGCCGCAAAGUCAGUCGUCAAUGCUGUCGCAGCAGAGCCAGAAGCCAAGGAGAGCGCCGAUUGGUUUGGGGAGGAAGACUUGAGUUCACUCUCCCGUUUGUCUUGGUUGAGGGUAGUUCUCCUAGGUCGGCAUCAGCGAGCGUAGUGUGUUGAUUCGGCAAUGACGAUGUCGCUUGUCCUGACAUUUCUCAUUUGAGCAUGUACUAUAUGUACGUCAGUCAGUAAGGCUAAUUGUUCCCUGUUGUACGUAUAAACGCGCGCGAUGCCGAAGAACAGGAGCUUCGGGACCGAUCCAAGGGCACCCUCUCUUCUUCCUUCCCCCACGACUAUAGAGCCGUUAUUGAAGCCUCGGACCUCAUUCCGAAAUUACAGCGGAUCUCCGCUCUGAACACGGCUGGCUGCUUCCCAAAACAGCCAACAUAUCCGGCGCGGCCGUAUGUGUGUGUCCGAGAAUCUGGCUGCUCGACAGUGGCAGUGGCAAUAGCCUCGUGUUCACGCGCGCCUUCGAACCGGAUCCUGUCUGGCAGUGAGCACGAAGUCGAGCUUACUCGGGAGGACUCGUUCCAACGUUGCUGGCGGCAUCAGUGACGAGUGUGUUCGGCGAGGAUCUUAUUUGGAGCGUGUACUAGUCGGAGAGAGGUUGGCUGGAGAUCUGCAAGUCUGGAUGGGCAAUUGGAUUCCAGCUUGCUGUCGUCUUGGAAUUUCGGACCGGACCUGAUGAGACGACUUUGGGGGGGAGGCGCAAGCGAUCAGAUCUCAUUCCUCGACAUGCGCCAGGCGUGGAUAUCCACCUCGGGCCGAACUCGCCGAGCCAGGUGGAGGAAAUGGGCUAUGACUUGUGCGCGGGCUGAGCGCUCAGCGCAACCAUGAACGAGCGAACGAACGCUCUUGCAACGCCGGAGAAGCGAUGCAUCGGGCGGCGGCUAUGCAAGGGAGACAAGUGGUGUCGGUCGCAGACUCCCGUCUACUUCUUCUUCCUCUUCCUUUCCCCUUCCCUCCCCCCCACCGAUCCGCCGCGAAUGUGGCUGGCCGCCUCCCUUUUUCCCACUCUCCUUCUCUUCUCUCUGCCAGUAUGCGCCAAAAUCACGGUCUACGGACAGAUUCCGCUGGGCAAGAUGACGACGACCACGGCGUCGGCGUCGGCGUCCGCCUCCGCGUCGUAUACGGGUCUCCCUGCGUUUGAUCCGACGACGCUCAUUGCGCCGCCCGUUCCCACGCCGGCGCCCCCGACGUCAUUCUUCCAGCAGCUCAGCAGCGCGCCCGUGCCGGGGCUAUCGAUACCUCAGUCCGGACAUUUCAUGGGUUUCUCCGUCGAGUUCUCGGUCAUCAACCAAGUCUUGGGCUCAAACAGUACGCGGCUGAUGGUGCCGUUCCUCAAUCUCAUGGCGAACGUCCAAGCGCGUGCUGGCUCUGUGCGGAUCCGGGUCGGAGGAAACACGCAGGACUAUGCGGUGCUGGAGCCCAGUCUGCCCAGUGGAAAGAUGCUAGGGAAGGAAUCGCAGAUCUCGACCAAUCCUACGAAAACACCGAUACUUUUGUACACGCCUGAUGUGCUCUACAUGCUGGCCAAUGUCUCGUCGCUGGUGAACGUGGAAUGGUAUCUAGGUAUUCCACUAAACGAUACUACCAAUCUCCGCCUGCAGAUUGCCGAAGUUGGCAACGAGCCUGACCAAUAUGCGCUGCAUCAGCACCGGCCGCAAGGCUACGGCCCUGCUAACUACUCGGCGGAUUUCGGUGUGGUGGACACGGCCCUACGUGCUGACUCGAAAGUGCCUGUCGUGAAUGGCAAGCUCAUGGGCCCCAGUCUGUCGGGGCAGUGGCAGCCGCAGUCGGUCUGGGACACGAACUUCAUCCAGGACUUCCAGCAGAGCUUGGGUGCUUUGUCCAUGUCCUUCUAUCCUGACAACAACUGUGCUGCCGAGUUUGGCGGGCCGUCUGCUCCGAACGCGAUUGUCCCUCAGGAUGUUUUCUCCGAUUAUCUGAAUCACACGUCCGGGCAGGCGAUUGCCGCGAACUACCUCACCAGCACUGCUCUGGCCCAAACCUUCAAACUGCCUUUUGUGAUGGUCGAGACUAAUACCGCCUCGUGCGGAGGAUUCCCUGGCAUCAGUGACUCGUUUGGGGCCAGUCUUUGGGCAGUGGAUUAUGGCCUUCAGCUGGCUUAUAGCAACUUUACGAAUGCCCUGUUGCAUGUCGGUGGUCAAGGAGUUUACUACAAUCCGUUCACCCCCCCUCCAACGAACGAGACCGCCUUCCACUCAUGGACGAUCGGGGCGGUCUACUAUUCAGUUCUGGUCAUUGCUGAAGCGUUCGGCAAGUCGAACCAGUCGCAGAUCAUCGACCUGCAGACGAACAGCAACAACAUCUACACGCCUGCAUACGCGAUCUACGACGGCGGUGUUCUCGCCCGGUUGGCGCUGUUCAACUAUGUCUCGGAUCCGAGCGGGGCCAGCGACUACACCAUGUCCUUUGCCAUCGGGGGCGGCAGCACGGGGCAAGCGAACGGAACGCCUGCGCAGGUCAAAGUCAAAUAUCUUUUGGCGCCGUCGGUAUCGACACAAGACAACAUCACUUGGGCCGGCCAGACCUUCGGCUCGGCAUUUGCCUCGGACGGCCGCAUGCAAGGGACCGAGCAGGUGCAGACGGUGACCUGCAACGGGGACAACACCUGCAACAUCAAGGUCCCCGCGCCGGGCUUCGCGCUCGUGUUCCUGACGGACAUCGCGGCGGACCCCGCGUCGUACCAGACCGUGCAGACGUUCCCGACGACCGCGCUCACCAAGACGGUGAACACCGCCACGCUCAAUCCCACGGUCCUCGCGACGUCGAAUGGACAGGCCGGCGCGAACUUUAUGGAGGCGGGCACGAGCCGCGGCCGCAAGCCGAGUGGCGCCGGGCGGCUCCUCGUGCCGCAUUUGGUGGUCGUCGCGCUGUGUAUGGGGCUUGGGGCGGCGUUGGUGGUGCUGGGGUAGGGCGGAUGGACUUUGAUCUGAGCAUGGUACGGACUCUUUUUGAUAUAAUGCACUCUCUUCUGUAAUCUCACAUUGCUCUACUUACUAUUCGUAUGCUUGCUCGGAACGAGUCGUGUGAGCGACAUCCGACAACCUAUCAAAAUACUCUCCAGACUAUUACUCUGAUCGUGCGGCUCAUCGUUAGGAUAAAAAUGGUAAAUUUGAUUGCGUGACAUUGGAACGAGAAAGCAAUAUGUAGUAGUAGAGAGACAACGAGGACAACAUUAUAGUUUGCGCGCCUUAUUAAGUACACCCCAUCAAAGAACAAAAACAAGGCAAAAAAGCUGCGACAACUGCGGGCCAUCAAUCAGCUUGGAAGUCCACACAACACGAGCAGGAGAGGCUGGCACACACCCGGAAAUGGAAGAAACAGAUGCGAAACACAAGCCAGCAGCGCCGGACCGGACGGGCCGUCCUCCCUCCCUCCCAGACAGACAGACCCAACAGCAGCCAGUCACUGGCCUGCGUGCGGGAUUAGUAAUACACGGCGCCGUCCGGAGGGGGAGGAGGGGGAGGGUAGUAGCCGUUGUAGAAGAACUGGGACGGCACGUAGUUCCCAUACGCGUCGUACCCGCCCUGCGACGUCGGCGGAGGCGGCGGCUGCAUGCCGUCGAACGGCAGCUGGAAGUCCCCACCGGCGAGCGACGGCGAGGCCGAGUGCGACGGCACGAACGCCGACGCGCUGGAGCGCAGUUUCCCGGCCGGAUCAGCCGCGGAAAGCGGCGAGAGCGGGUGCUUGGGCGCCCUCGGAUCGCGGAUCUCGAUGCGCGAGUUGCGAGGGAACGAGAACAGCGAUGGAUCCGGGCCGCCCAUGCUCAUGGACGGCGUGUGAUGGUGGUAGGACGCGUACACCGGCACCUGCGGCUGGAGCAUGACGUGGCGACCGCUCGACAUCUCGUACGGCAUCCCGUUCACAUCCAGUGCAACACCCGGCGGUAACGGCGCGCUGAAUCCAGGCGGAGUCCCAAACUGCGGCGGCGGCGGGGUUCCAAACUGCGGUGGCGGUGUGUGCGUUGCGAAGCCCGGCGGAGGCGUAGGCUGAGCAGCGGCAUAUCCGGCAUGGGGAGGAGGAGAUGCGUAAGCUGGCAUUGCAGGAAAUGCGAAUGAUGUCGGUGCAGCGAAAGGAUAGAAUCCUGGCGGAGCAACCAGCGCUGCAUGCGUUUGGGGGAUCGGAGCGGGUAGAGCCUGCGGCGGAAGUGAAGGUGGCGACGACAUAACUGCCAAUGCGAUCGCAGCAGCAGCAGCAUCCGGCCGCACCCACCCAUCCUCGUCUGGUUCCAGACCAGUUGUCGGCACCGGCUUCGAUGGCUCAACGACAGGCGCAGAGACACCAGGCACGUUAUCCCGGACUGAGGGCAAGCGCACAGCAUAGUCAUACUCCUCAUCCAACGCAGCCGGCUUCGAGCGCGUGGACUUGACAGGCCGCGAAACGAGCCGAACUACCGUUGAAGACUUCCCCGGAAGAUGGACACGAAUUCCGGCGGACUGCCCAGGCCGUGGCUUGAGAGAAGGCUCAGAAUAGAGAAAAGCGUCAUGCUGCUUGGUCCACAUGUACUCCGGUUUCAUCGUGUACCAGAUGCGGCCGGGCACAGUGCGGUUCAACGGCACACCACGGCCGCGGAGUGCAGCAGCCCCCCGAGCGACCGGCACGUUUCCCCGGGGAGCUGCCCCGCCUCGGGGCCGAAAAGUCUCCUCCCGACGUCGCAUCUCCUCGAAGCCAUCAUGCGUCCAAGCACGGUCCACAGGCGAGUUCGGCUGGGGCUCGGACUCGGGAGCGCUGAGUGCGGGGCGAUUGAAGGGCCCGCCCCUGCCCCGGAAGGCGAAUCCCCCCCUUGCGCGCCCGCGGGUCUGCCAACGCCCUCGCCACCAUCCGCUCAGACUGCGGAGAUCUUUAUCGAGGAGACGAUCGUCGUGGCCCCAGAAUUCACCCACGACUGGGACGAACGACGGAUCGCUCUCGAGGCGGGACUGGUAUGCCUGUCGGGCAGUCUGGCCGGCGGCUCUGCUUACGAAAGGACCUCGGGAGCCGGGGGACGGCCGCGACGAGGACGCAACAGGCUGCUCACCAUCCUCGUCGUCACGGUCCUCCUCAGCCCCCUGCUCAGGCUCCUGUUUGUCGGCGUCUUUCCCACGAUCGUCCUGGACCUUGCGGAUGGCCGACUCAUCGAGCUCCCCAAAAGAUAUGACCGGCAGCCCCUCGGUAUCCUCGACCAUGUCCGCCCAUGCGGUUGAGGUCCCAGAGAAGAACGGCGCUGUGGGUUUUUCGUCUGCGCCGGGGCUGUGGGAGGUGUUGGGGCUGUGGUGGUGGGAUGCGGAGCCGUCAUCAUCAUCCGAGUCAGAAUCGGUCGAGGAGCCGUGCGUCGAGUCGUCCUCCGAAUCGCUCGGCGCCGCCCGCACGACAUCAUCAUCCUCGUCAAGAUCUGCGUGGCCGGUUCGUCGUCCUCGGGGUCUGCGUCUUGCGGGCAUCGAGGUUGUGGUCAAGAGUGG